AUGCAUGAUACAACCCCAGGCUUUUCCUAUUUCCAGAUGGCCCCCAAUGAAGCCCAUCAGUACAAGGGGAUUGUCCAGUUGCUUCUGCAUUUUGAGUGGAAAUGGGUUGGAAUUAUUGCUGUGGAUGAUGAUCAUGGAGAGAGGUUUGUGAGGAACCUGCUUCCAGAGUUUUCCCUCAAUGGAAUCUGCUGUGCUUUCAUAGAAAAGAUUCCUCAAGUAACAUUUCUUAAUCUACAUAUUGGUGAUGUGUUGGUAAAAGGAGUGAGAAUAUAUGAACUUAUGAUGACCAGUCAAACCAAUGUAUUGGUCUGUUUUGGAGAUACAGAGUCUACUGUAAAACUUAGAUGUUCGAUGUAUCUAUCACGUCUGUAUUUUAUGUCAACACAGCCAAAAGAUAAAGUGUGGAUUAUGACUGGCCAGAUGGAUUUCACAUCCUAUUUUUUUCAAAGGAGUUGGGAUCGACAAGACUUCCAUGGUGCUCUGUGCCUCACGAGCCACACAAAUGAACUAGUAGGAUUCCAACAAUUUAUUCAGAGCAGAAAUCCCAUCCGGACAAAGGAUGACGGCUUCAUCUGGGACUUCUGGGAACAAGCAUUCCUGUGUCAGUUUUAUGACUCACUAUUAGGGAGGAAGUUUGUCGAAAACUGCACUGGGGAUGAGAAGCUGGAUAACCUUCCUGGAGACGUGUUCGAAAUGAGCAUGACUGGCCACAGUUACAGCAUUUACAAUGCUGUGUUUGCCGUGGCACAUGCUUUUCAUGCCUUUUAUGAAUCUCUUUACAAAUGCAGAAAAUGGGUGGGUGGAAAGACACGAAAGCCUCUGGAAUCACAGCCCUGGCAGCUCCACUAUUUUCUGAGAAAUGUGAGGUUUAACAACAAUGCUGGGGAAACAGUUUCCUUUGAUCCCAAUGGAGAAUUAGUAACCGCAUAUGACAUCAUCAACUGGGUCGCUUUCCCAAACCAAUCCUUUCAUAAAGUGAAAGUUGGAAAGAUUGAUGCCAAGGCAGCUCCAGACCAAGUAUUCUCGAUUAAUGAAGAUGCCAUCACGUGGUGUAGCAGAUUUAACAAGGUACUGCCUACUUCUUUGUGCUCUAACUUUUGCCAUCCAGGAUUUAGCAAAGAAAGGAGAGAGGGGGAGCCAUUUUGCUGCUAUGACUGCAUUCCAUGCCCUGAAGGCAAGAUUUCCAAUCAGAAAGAUAUGGACGUCUGUGUCACUUGCAGUCUGGAAUUUUAUUCCAGUGCAGAUCAAACACAGUGCAUUCCCAAAGUCAUAACCUUCCUGUCCUACGAAGAACCUUUAGGCAUCUCCUUAGUCAUUGUCUCUCUUUCUUUUUCUUUGAUCACAGCAUCUAUUCUAGCAACCUUUGUGGAAUAUCAUGACACACCCAUAGUCAAAGCCAACAAUAAGAACCUCACCUACACUCUCCUCACAUUCCUCUUGCUCUGUUUUCUUUCUUCAUUGCUUUUUAUUGGUCAACCAGGGAAGGUGACUUGUCUCCUCCGUCAAACUAUUUUUGGCAUCAUCUUCUCAGGGGCUAUUUCUUGCGUGUUGGCAAAAACCAUCACAGUGGUCUUGGCAUUUGUGGCUACCAAGCCAGGAAGCAGAAUAAAGAAAUGGGUGGGGAACAGAUUGGCCAACUCUGUAGUUCUUUCCUGCUCCCUUAUCCAAGGAGGUAUUUGUUCUGUGUGGCUGGCAACCUCUCCUCCUUUUGCAGAUAUUGACAUGAACUCAAAGACCAAAGAAAUUAUAGUUGAGUGUAAUGAAUCAUCACCCACCAUGUUUUACUGUGUUUUGGGCUACCUAGGCUUUCUGGCCAUGUUCAGUUUCAUGGUGGCUUUCCUUGCCAGGAAGUUACCUGACAGUUUCAAUGAAGCCAAGUUUAUCACGUUCAGCAUGUUGAUGUUCUGCAGUGUUUGGUUGACCUUUAUUCCAACCUAUCUUAGCACCAAAGGAAAAUUGAUGGUAGCUGUGGAAAUCUUCUCCAUCUUGGUAUCUGCAGGUGGCUUGCUAGUUUGCCUCUUUUUCCCUAAAUGCUAUAUUAUUACUCUGAGGCCUGAACUGAACAACAGGGAGCAUCUAAUGAACAGAAAAGUUAAAUAA